AUGAACGCCGCAUCCCAGGGCGACAAAGCUCUCUCCACCUCGGACACCCUCAGCGCCAUCCAACAUUUCACCCAAGCCCUCGUCGAGCUCCCCCGCGCCCCAGCCUACUACAUCAAACGCUCAACAGCCUACUCCCGCGUCAAAGCCGCAGAUGGCGGCCCCAAAUCCUCCGCCUCCCUCCGCGAUGCCGAAAUCGCGUUGACACUUGCGCGGGAACGUGGAAAGCGCGAACUCAUUCUAUCUGCGCAGAUGAGGCGCGGGGUCGCGUUGUAUCAGCUCGAGAGAUUUGGAGAUGCGGGGUUUGUGUUUGAGAUGAUUCAGGAGAAGACUAGUGGCGGUAGCGGUGGUAAUGAUAAGGAAGAGGAGGUUAGGGAUGCUAUGGGUGCUGGGGGCGCUGCGAAGAAGAAUGGGUAUGAGCAGGAGUUGCCGAUUUGGGUGGCUAAGGUUAAGGGACGGUUGAAUAAAUUGGGUGAGGGGAAUGAGAAGGGGGUUGUUUCCGUGAAGGAGUAUCCGAGUGAUGUCCGGAUUCCGACUGAGAAGGAACUCAAGGCGCAGUUGGAGGCGCUUAAGGCUGGGAAGACGGAGACUGAGGAGAGCGUUUCGGGGGUUGGACAGAAGAGUGAUGAUGCAGCUAAGACAGAUAAGAACGGGGCAGCCAGUGCAUCUUCUACUUCGACUCCUUCGGCUGCACCAGUGCCUGAGAAGGUUCGGCAUGAGUGGUAUCAGUCCAACGAUUCGGUCGUUGUCACUCUCUACGUGAAGGGUAUUGCGAAGGACAGUGUUGCUAUCGAGCUCAAGGAGGAUUCUGUGUCCCUCCAAUUCCCUCUCCCCUCCGGCACAGACUACGACUUCACCCUCGACCCAUUAUUCACAACUAUCGACCCCGCCAACUCCAAGGUCUCCGUGAUGUCCACCAAGAUCGAUAUCACCCUGCGCAAGAGAACCCCAGGCCAGAAAUGGAACGCCCUUGAAGCCUCCGCGGCAGACGUUAAGCUCGCCGAUCGCCAAGCCGCUGCGGACUCAAAGCCAACGACAGGCAAGGGACCAUCGUACCCGACUUCAUCUCGCCACGGCGCUAAGGACUGGGAUAAGCUUGCGUCGUCGCUUGACAAGAAGCCCAAAUCCAAGAAGGAGGAUAAGGAGGCCGGAAAGGAUGAGUCUGGGAAUGAGUCUGAUGGUGCUGAAUCUGUUGAUUCUGAUUUCGGCGGUGGAGAUGCGGUUGAUGGGUUCUUUAAGAAGUUGUAUGCGAACGCAGACCCGGAUACCCGUCGUGCUAUGGUGAAGAGUUAUGUUGAGAGUCAGGGAACUUCGUUGAGCACGAACUGGGGUGAGGUUGGCAAGGGUAAGGUCGAAGCUAAGCCGCCUAGUGAUUAG